AUGCAGAAUAAUCAGCAGGGAAACCGUCUCCACCUGAACUUCGGCUUCAAUAACAACCAGAACACCUCCGGAGCCUGCACGACCAUGCAGUCGCUUGUGUAUGCGAACUUGAUCCAACUACGCUAUGGUGGAGAGAGACUGCAGGCCGGUGCACGCGGCCAAGAUGUUUGGAGCAUUACCGGCUCCUCAACCUCACCCACGUACCACGUAAAGCUCACUCAAUACUCCGACACCGACCGCCUUGAGGGUCAUGAGAUCAAGCCAAUCUCUAACGAAUCCAAGAAGCGCAAAACCGAUGGCUCACCAGUCACGCCCACAACUCCCACACUCCUGCCACUGCGGGCGUCAUCUCAACUGCAGCGAACAUCAGCCCAGAGCAAAUGGCAGCAGUUCAACGCAAUGACCAAGACCAAGAAGAAGAACAGCAACCGCCCGCCGAAGCCGACCAAGAUUCCACGCAAGGUCAAGGCAUACAAGAAGCUCGAAACAAACAAGAACAGAUGGCAGCAGUUCAACACAAUGACCAAGGGGAAGGCGAGAUAG